GUCAAGAUAUCAGGUAAAUAUUGAAACAAAUGUCACUGUCGGGGGUAGUUUGGUUGAACGUUCUUUUGAAAAGUAAAUUAAUAUUAAACAGUGCGCCUCUCAGAAUCUUGAAAAUGCCUUUUUAUGCAGUAGCCAGAGGCCGAACGACAGGUAUAUUUAUGACUUGGCCUGAUUGCGAAGCUCAAGUAAAAGGAUUUCCUGGUGCCAGGUAUAAGAAAUUCGAUUCAGUUGUAAGCGCUCAAGAUUUUAUAACUGCAGAAAGUGGUUCUAGCAAUAACAGUAAAUCGAAAAAGAUUAGCAACCAGUCAAAAUCAUUAUCAAGUUCAUCAAAUAACCUUAAAAAAUCAACAUCUUAUAGUAGCACAACGCAAAGUAAAAAUGUUACAAAAGAACUUAAAAGAAAGUCAGAAGUUAGUGAUGGUUACGCGAAAGAAAAUGAUAGUGAUUAUUCUGAUGAUUCAGACGACUUGAACACAAUAAUAACGAAACAAAUGGAUGAUAUAGAAAAAAGACUGAAAACAUUUGAGAAAGGUGUAGAUAAAAUAUACAAGAAAGGAACCAAGAAAACUAUUCUCAUAGAACCGCCUCAGAAUAAGAGACGUAAGACUAGUGGUGGCGAAGAAUUUGAUAUUGAUAGUGAAGGUUAUGUGCAGGUGUAUACAGACGGGGCCUGCUCAGCUAAUGGCAGGAGUGGGGCUCGGGCUGGCCUUGGGGUGUACUGGGGAGAUGGCCACCCUCUUAACGUGAGUGAGCCAGUAUCCGGCCGUGCCACCAACAAUUGUGGAGAAAUCCAAGCUUCUACUAAAGCUAUAAAAAUUGCUCUUCAGAAUGGAAUACAAAAAUUGGCUAUAAACACAGACUCAAAGUUUGUUAUUAAUUCUGUGACUAAAUGGAUGCCUGGUUGGAAGCGUAAAGGCUGGAAGCUUGCUUCUGGUGAGCCAGUCAAGAAUGAGAAAGAUUUUAAAGACUUGGACAGUGUACAACACAAGCUGCAGAUCAAAUGGAACUAUGUUGAAGCACAUCGGGGAAUACAUGGCAAUGAAAUGGCUGACGAGUUAGCUAAAGCAGGUGCUGCUAUGUACAAUAAAUGAUAAGAUUUGUUUAGUUACAACCUUAUCUUUUUAUAAUUAAGUGGAAAACCCACUAAGGAAAUUGAAAGAUUAGUGUAUGUUGAUGUGCUGGAAGAAAUUGAAUUUUGAUUUUUUUACUGAAGAGAGCAGGGCUCUGUACAAAAUAUACUUAAAAAAAAUCAAUUUCAU